AUGACUAUGUCAGAAAACACGAGAGACUUAGCAGAAAGGACACCUACAUCAGACCUCAACGUGGCAUUGCGUGAAUGUAUGGCAGCUCUGGAUUUAUUUCUUAACAACAAGUUCUCAGAUGCUUUGGAUUCUUUGCAAGCAAAAACUAAAGACAGUAUGUAUCAUGCCCUGACUUAUGCCACUAUAUUGGAAAUGCAAGCGAUGAUGACAUUUGAUCCUCAGGACAUACUGAAUGCAGGAAACACAAUGAAGGAAGCUCAAGCCACCUGUCAAAGAUUUAGGAAGAAAUCUACAGUAGCUGAUUCUAUCAACAACCUUGUGCAUAGACAAAGCCUUGAACACUUUACUGAAGAGGAAAUCCAUGCAGAAAUUUGCUAUGCUGAAUGUUUACUUCAGAGAGCAGCGCUCACAUUCCUCCAGGAUGAGAAUAUGGUUAGCUUCAUAAAAGGAGGCAUCAAAGUCCGAAACAGUUACCAAACAUACAGGGAGCUGGACAGUCUCAUACAGUCCCCACAUUAUGUCAAAGGAGAGAACCACCUUCAUUUUGAGGGAGGUGUAAAACUUGGAGUUGGAGCAUUUAAUCUGACAUUGUCCAUGUUUCCUGCACGAAUUCUGAGAUUGCUGGAGUUUGUUGGAUUUUCUGGAAACAAGGAACAUGGUCUGCUGCAGCUUCAAGAAGGAGCAUCAUCAUACAGCUUUAGGUCGGUGCUGUGUACCAUGCUGUUGCUUUGCUAUCAUACUUUCAUGACCUUUGUGUUAGGGACAGGAAAAGGAAAUGUUGAGGAGGCAGAAAAACUGCUUAAGCCUUACUUGGCUCGUUAUCCAAAGGGAGCCAUAUUCCUGUUUUUUGCAGGCAGGAUAGAAACACUAAAGGGUAAUAUUGAUGCGGCAGUCAACAGAUAUGAAGAAUGUUGUGAAGCUCAGCAGUACUGGAAGCAGUUUCAUCACAUGUGUUACUGGGAGCUGAUGUGGUGCUUCACCUACAAGCGCCAGUGGAAGAUGGCUUUCUUCUAUGCAGACCUGCUAAGCAAAGAAAACACUUGGUCAAAGGCUACUUAUAUAUAUAUGAAAGCUGCUUAUCUCAGUAUGUUUGGACCAGAUGACUGCAGUCCUUUCGGAGACAGCGAAGUCGAAUUGUUUAGGAUUGUUCCCAGUCUGAAACUGAAAAUUGCAGGGAAAUCUCUGCCUACAGAAAAGUUUGCAAUUCGGAAAGCACGACGGUAUCUUUCCUCAAACCCCAUUCCUUUGCCUGUUCCGCCUUUGGAAAUGAUGUAUAUCUGGAAUGGCUAUGCUGUAAUUGGAAAAUGUCCCAACUUAACAGAAGGCAUGUUAGAGACUUUAAUUGAAGCAGAAGAAGCAUUGGCAAGAAGUUCAGCCACAGAACUACUAGCAGAUGACCGGUGUGUGAUAAAGCUGUUAAAGGGAUUAUGCCUCAAGCAUUUGGGCAAGAUCUCAGAAGCAGAAGACCAUUUUAAUUACAUCUAUUUAAAUGAGAAGAAGAUAAAAUAUGACCAUUACCUAAUUCCAAAUGCCUUGCUGGAGCUGGCGAUACUGUAUCUGGACCAGGACAGAAGAGAAGAAGCAAUAAAACUUCUGGAAAGAGCAAAACAAAACUACAAGAAUUACUCGAUGGAAACAAGGACACAUUUCAGAAUUCAAGCUGCCCUGCACCAAGCCAAAUCUGCCCCAGAAAAUGGAAUGCACUCUGGAGCCUCAGCAGUGUCGUAA